GAAUAUUUGAGGAGGCGCUGCGGAAAUAGUGGGCGAAGAUGGCGUCGGGAAAGAAGGGAGGCAACAACAGCAGCCUCGGAAAAGGUUUGAAUGGAAGACGUUCGUCAAAACAUAAAGAGGGGCCAAUAGUGAUGGACACCAAGGCGGUGUUUACUGCCCUGUACAGUGUGUGUGAGGAGAAUGCUACGUUCUUCUCUGAGGGUGCUAAGGGGGCCCAGGGGGGUGCGGCACAGCGACUGGUGGACACCAUGACCCUGAUCCAGGAGCACGCCAGCAGCCUGGAACCUGUCAUCUCCGGCUUUGCUGCUGUCUACCACCACUUUGACUUUGACCCACACAUACCAGCCAACGGAUACCGCUCUCUAGUCAAGGUGGUGCGCUGCUGCAUUCUCCACAUCAUUCACAAGGGGCACUACAUCUCCACCAACCGACGCAGCAUCUUCUUUCGGACGGCCCACAAUGCAGGGGAGAUGGAGGCCUACUGCUCGGCACUAUGUCAGCUGAGAGCCCUGCUCUACCUGGCCCAGCGACUGCUGCACGACAACAGCCACGGGAACCUCUUCUUCCACGAGGAGAGCGGCCUCAGCCAGAGCUUUGUCCGGGAGUACUCCUCCAUGCACAAGGGCUGCUUCUACGGACGCUGCCUUGGAUUCCAGUUCACUCCAGCCAUCCGUCCCUGUCUGCAGACCAUAGCCAUUGGCCUGGUGGCCUUUGGAGAGAACUACAGGCGCAACCAGUCAGGCAUUGGUGUAGCAGCCAGCUCCUUCUUUACCUCAGGGAAGUACGCCAUUGACCCGGAGCUAAGGGGGGUGGCGUUUGAACGCAUCACUCAGAACCUGGACGUCCACUUCUGGAAGGCCUUCUGGAACAUCACAGAGACUGAGAUUCUAUCUAGUCUAGCCAGUAUGACGUCCACCCAGGUGAAGGUGAACCGUGCCCUCUCGGUGCCCCCUGUGCCCUUUGACCUCCCGCUGGUGGCCGAUCCGCACCUCACUGUCACCAUAGAGCCCCCGUCGGCCCACACCGGCCCUGGCCCCGUGCAGAUGAGGCUGAUCUCCUACGAGCUGAGGGAGGGGCAGGACAGUGAGGCGUUGCUGUCCCUGUCUCGUUCUGAGGGGGGUCCGAUCUCCCUGUCUCUGGGAAUGAAGACCAAGCAGAGCCCCCCUUCUCGCUGGCUCCUGGUUCACUACCACGGAGGAGGCUUUGUGGCCCAGACCUCCAAGUCUCACGAGCCGUACCUGAAGAGCUGGUCUCAGGACCUGGGUGUGCCCAUCCUGUCUGUGGACUACUCUCUGGCCCCUGAAGCCCCCUUCCCCAGGGCCCUGGAGGACUGCUUUUACGCCUACUGCUGGGCCAUCAAGAACCACCACCUGCUGGGUUGGACGGGGGAGAAUGUCUGUCUGGCCGGUGACAGUGCCGGUGGUAACCUGUGUAUUACCACAUCGAUGCGCGCUGCGUCUCAUGGUGUGCGAAUGCCUGAUGGCAUCGUAGCUGCCUACCCUGCCAUCCUGCUCACCGCCUACGCCUCGCCCUCCCGCCUGCUCACCCUCUUCGACCCCCUACUGCCCCUCAGUGUGCUCUCCAGGUGUCUCAGCGCCUACGCAGGUGAGGAGCCCCAGGCAGAGAAGCAGGUGGAGAAGGUGAGCACUCUGAGCAUGGUGAGAAGAGACACAGCCCUGCUGCUCAGAGACUUCAAACAGGGAGCAUCCAACUGGAUCCACUCCCUACUGGACCCCAACAGAGCCGCUGCCACGGCAUCAACAGACACGUCUUCGUCGGUGCAGAAGAGUGUGUCUGAGGCAUCCAUCAGCUCACCCUACUCGGACCCCCCUGAGCAUCCCUCGGACUUCUCCCUUAGGAGAGAGUCUCUGAAGACCCUCGCAGGCCACGCCAACAAUGCCAUCGCCACCCUCGCUGCUGCCCCCACCACACCUGCCCACAAUGCAAUGGUGUUCCCCGAAACCACGCCUGACAACGUGAGCUUCUUCCUCUCCAAAGAGGUGGUGUCCAUGUCGGAUGCUCUGUCUUCUGUUGCCAUAGCGCCCCCUGAGGGGGAGGAUGGCGUGGUGCUGGAGCACCCUCGGGAGUUCCCCCUGGGCUUCGAACCGCUGCGUUCUGAGCGGCUGGCUGAGAUGAAGCUGGCCACCUCGCCUGUCAUCAGGAACCCCUACAUGUCUCCUCUACUGGCCCCCGACAGCAUGCUGAGAGGACUACCCCCCAUACACCUAGUGGCCUGUGCAUUAGACCCCAUGCUAGAUGACUCUGUGAUGUUUGCCAAGCGCCUGAGGAACGUAGAUCAGCCAGUCACCCUGUGUGUGGUGGACGACCUUCCCCAUGGCUUUCUCAGCCUAUCACAGCUCUCCAGGGAGACUAGGGAAGCGGCUAACGUUUGCGUCAACCGAAUCAGGGACGUCUUUGACCAAAAGGACUCGCCCCAGGAGCCGCGCAUGCACCGCAAGCUGGAAAGGACCAAUCGCCGUGCUUCCUCUGUCACCACGGGUGACCCAGAGAAACUCUUUGCAACACCCAUUCAGGAGGAGCUGCUAGUUGCCAGGGGAGGGGCUCUAGUUCCAGAUGGGGAGGGGCUAGUUGGCGUGGCAGCACAGAACAACAAUAAUGUUGUGGGAUAAAGACAUAAUCAGGGGUUUGCUAGAUGAAGAUUGCUGUUUGUCAAAGGAUUUAAAAGAGGGGGGGAUUUGGGCCAUAUGAAGCCUGGGAGAGGAGAAGAGAAUAGAGUGAAGGAAAAACAGCAGAGGGAGGAUAUGCAGAAGGUGUUGGUAGCGUGCCCAGUUUUGGAGAGACAGAAUGAAGCACCCAUGGAUAGAGAGGACAGCAAGUACUAAAUGCAACUUCAGCUUUCAAACUCUCACUGUGCAUGGUGCUAAACAGCAAUUGACAUGUUGACCACACACACUAAACCGUUUUGCCUUUUGGGCUGCUGCAUUGUGCUCGGUGUAGAACUGUGAGUUUGGAGCCUGGACAUUAUAAAACGGCACAGAGCGUUGUGGUGAAUGGUCGAUCCAUCUCCCUAUAGAAGACUAUUCCAGUCCCUAAUCAGAUAGUGGUAGACGUGCAAUGAGCUCCUACAUAGUGCCAUCACAACUUAAUGGCCACUUGUCUUUUAGGGAGCCACUCUAAAUCAAGCUUAAUAACUGUAGAACUCUGAGGUCUGUUAAACUAGUUGGUUGUGAAUACUGCCGCUGUUCGGUCACUUACUCUGCUGAUUGGCCCAUCAAUAGGACGCUGCAGUGCUAAAAACAACAAACUUAGAAACUGGAAGGAUUUCGUAGUACCUUGAAAUUCCACAUUGUUAUCCAUAAUUGAUCGUAUUAUGCCAUAGUAUUCCUUGUUGUUUUUAUUUAUUGUGUGUGUACUCGUAUUUUUUUUAAAUCCUGGAUUAUAGUUAUCCCUGUUUGUUCAAGGCUUUUAAGAGCAUAUUGUGAGGUGGAUGCUAAGUUAAUUUCCUAGCUGUGUAGUGCCAUACUCUAUGGCUGCUCAUUCCUAGUUGUUCAAAGUAGCCAAAUGUUAACCUCUAUCACUGUAGUGACUAGUGGUCAGCUAGUCGUUACCCACCCAACCAGUCACCUCAUAGUGAGAUGUGGCUGAGGGUUGAUAUUAUGAGGCCAAUAUAAUCUCUAUAUGCUGGUCUGUCUUUUAUACUGAUAUAUUAUAACUAGCCAAUCAUAAAUAGCUAAUGCAAUAUUAUAGCUGCAUUUUCAUUGAUCAGUGCAAUCAACAGGAUUCAGUGGAGCCAUGAUGAUAUUGUGUUCUAUUUAAGUCACUGUUGUGGGAGCAAAGCAUCAAGUCAGUCAUUUUUGAUUUGAUAAUUUUUAUUAACGCCAAGUAUUACGUCUUGUGAUUUUAAGUCUCUUGUGCUCAGCCUUUGUUUGUUGCCAUCUAAAAUAAAUCACUUAGCUGUCUAUAGACUGACUGCCUUUAGAAGCAGAUGUUUUUUAAAAGACUGGAAAUCCUUUCUCUAUUUGCACAGUGAAUAACUUCAAUAAGAAAGCCUGAAGCAGACAGAUGCACGGCCCAUCUCUUCAUACUAUCUGUACAUCACUGCACUGACUGCCAAAAAUGCAGCCCUCUAUCCCAGGAUGCAGUGCAUUACACUGCCAUAGCCCUUGAGCCAGGGGACGUCCUGCUUGCUGAACCAUUUCUGCACCUCUGUCCAAAUCAGAGGAUCCAUUCUGCUCCAACAGCCUGUACCGAGUGAGCAGGAGAAUCUAGAACAAGCAUGAUAGUGAGCUCAUACUCACUGAACAGGUGACUGCUCUAGUUGGAGAAUGUGUCUUUCUAUGCACCUUUAGGACCUUCUACAGUGGCGGACUGACAAUCUGUGAUUCUCUGUCCUAUUUGCUGCCAGUGCUUAUUGCAGCGUUUUGAGGCAGGCUGAUAGAAAUUAAAAGAGCUGUUAAGUGAUUCCCUUGAAUACCUUCACGGUUAUCUUGUUUUUAGAAGUAUUGUGUUUAAUGGUUGCUGGUUAUGAUUUCACACUUUUUCUUUGUAAGUUAAGUGUAAAUGUUUGUUUCGUGUGUCGGUGUUUAGUGCCCAUGUGCGUGUCUGGUAAGUGGAUUCUGUAUGCGUCUAUCAAUGACUCUUAACAUUGCACGUGUUUGUCAGUGCUAUUGUGGGUGGAACAUCUACCAUCUUUGAAACCAUGAUUGUGUGUUUUUAAUUGCGGCAGUAAAGCAGCACUUGGGUGUAUGGGGCCAUGAGUUGCAACCCAAGCCCCUGAAUCUCAUGGGUGUUGUACAGUAUACUAUUGUUUAGCCAAGCAGGACUUCUGAGAUCCCAUUUAACACUAUGCAUUGUGUCAGCCAUCCAUUGCUAUGAUGCAUUACAAGGUCCUUGAUUAAUAAAGUUCUCAUUGUGUUCUAGCAACAUAACUGAUCAUGCAUUUUGAGAUUUAGUAGCCUGGCGUCUCCAUUGCCAGAGUAGAUAUCAUAACCCCACACCCGACCAGCACCACUCCAGGCCCUAUGGGAUGCCCUGAAUGGCUCCUAUAGACUACUAGCGCCCCCAAUGAGCAAGGCUUGUACAGCCCUCUGAUCUAUCUAUGGAACUGUGUAAUGGUGGGUUAGAACCGCUUGGUGGUUUAUGACCAAAUCCUUUUUGGGUUGUGGCUUUAGUGUUUGUUUCUGGUCCUGGUCAGAAACAUUGCUCUUGUUUUCUUGGUGGGUCACAAAUUAUUUUAUAUGGGUCACAGUGCAACAACUUUGGGAACCACUGCAAUAAGCUGCUCUUUUAAUGGCUACCAAUCCUUCACCUGAUCUGAGAGGAGGUCAACGCACAGGAGAAAUCCAUGACAUGGUGCUAGUCCAUCAGUUGGUCUCGUGAGGUUACCGCCAUCUUGUUUUCACCUUCCUAGUCCUAUUGGUUGUCAGGAAAGGGAAGGAGCCAUUUGAGAGCAUUGGAACAUGGUCUCCCUCCAUAUGUGGGCCAACCACUGUUUCUAUGCCUCUAGAGGAUUGAUGCAUCAUGUAUUUGUGUGCGUGUUGCUGUGUUCAAAACAACUUGGAUCUUGGAAAGUGUCAUCAUGACGUCAGUGAUCUUCACGUCGCAAACUGAGUUCUAGAACGAGGCCCACGAUUCCGAGUUGGAGGAAGGUUGUUGGAGAUCGUUUUUUUACCCCUCGAGUUCCCAGUUUUGAAUGCUCGGAAGUCAGAGGAUUUCCGAGUUCCUGGUUGUUUUGGGCAGUAUGCACCUUUUUUGGGUCUUGAAAUGCAAAUUGGCUGAUGUAGUGUUGAGAAAUUUAAUGUGGCUUUGUGUGUUUUGAUUGUACAUUGUACUUCAACCAUUUCCCUCAUGUAUAGGCUAUUUACACUGGAUUCAACAUCUCUUAGCCCGGGAUAUCUUUAGCUCUAGGCUAACAUAAAACAUGCAGUGUGAAAAGCCUACUAGUCAACAUAUCUAAAAGCUGUUUAGGUCAAGUACCCGGUCAAAUGUUACCCUACACACAGCUAUGUAGUAACACACCAGCAUCCUUUCGUAGAUUUUAUCUCCUGUCUUUGGUGAGCCAUGUCUGUUUUUCGAUCUAAAAUUCGGUCUUGGUUGAAAUGCUUUCGAUCAACCCUGAGGCUAGUUAUGCAAGGCUAUUUUCCAUUUACAUUUGGUCAUUUAGCAGACGGUAUUCCACUUAGUUUGCCUAGAGCAUUGUGGAAUCUACACAAUCUGGUCACUUGAGAAUCAUUUCCUUGAAUAGAAAUGACCCCGACUGCCUGCUUCGCAGAAUGUGUUCUUUAUAGGAAAUGUUUUUAUUUUUUUGUCCCACUUAGACCAGGGGUUCUCAAUGGGUUCUGUAGAGGUACUGCCGGGUGUCCUCAGCCAGACACACAUUUCACCAAUUAUACAUUUUUCAACUCAGCUAUUCCAAUGUGCAAUAUGUCGAUUGCAGGAUAUUACCUUUAAAGCAGCAAUUCAGUGGAGCCAUGAGAACUGCAACAUUUUCACUCCGAUGCCAACAGGCGGGCCUUUCUAAUGUUCUUUCCCCUGGCCCGAGACUUGGUUCGUUCAGCCAUAAACUGCAGAAGUCAUAACUCCUUGUAGACUAUUUUUAUCACACAAGUUAUGAUUGAGGGGGAUACUGAUGAAUUUGCGCACAUAAAAGGGGUCCCCUCCCCAGACCCAAAAGGUUUGCGAACCCCUGACUUGCACUUUAUCACACAAGUGGUAUUGUCUAUGUUAGAUUAAGGCAGAACCAAAGAUUGCAUCUAGUUUUAUAUGAAACUUGCUGUCACUGUCAUUGACAUUAGUAACAUACAUUUUGGCCUGCGUUGAUAUCCUGGUGGCUGUAUCAUUGAGAUCUACAUAGUAGUUCUCUGUUUGCACUUUAUGGAACAAGAUGCUGUUGUUAAUAAGAGCUAUUGAAGAUAACUAUUUUAUUCAAACCAACACAAAGCCAUAGACUGGAAGAAAAUGUUUUGAAGUUUACUUGAUUUUUAUUUUACAACACCACAAGUGCAACCAUGUGAAUAAAAAAAGAUGAAUCUAUAUUACAAAAAUAAAAUGCAUUUCCUGUAUAGAUAUUUUUUACUUUGAUUUGUUAUUCCAUUUAUUUUGUUUUUGACUCCUGUAAUGUCUCUUUACAGGAUUGGUUGAAUGUUUCACAUAUGGAUUGAGUAUUUUGUCUCUUGUAACCCUUGUUUUCCCUCACUUUUUUUGGAAUAAAUAUAUUCUCCUAAA